CUGUUGUGCAGACGUGUAUGAAUAGGUUAACGCACGACUGCUGAGAAUCGACUACACCGAAAUAAUGGAAGAAGCGAAAAAUUAUCUCUCAAAAUUGAGCAGCACGGUGGACGGACUACUUGCUAUUGUGAUUACUGAUCGAGAUGGCAUCCCAUUGUUAAAAGUUGCCAUGGACCAGGUCCCAGAACAAGCACUGCGGCACAGUUUUUUGAGUACGUUUGGAACAGCCACAGAGCAAGCUAAUAAACUAGGACUCAAACAGAGCAAAUCUGUUAUAUCCAUGUUUAAAAAUUAUCAGGUUGUACAAAUAAACAAAUUUCCACUAAUUGUAACAUUUAUAGCAGAAAGUGAUGCAAAUACAGGCUUGCUGCUUAAUUUGGAAGCAGACAUGCGAGAUUUACUGAAUGAUCUCCAGCGAGUUGUACCGCCUUCCUAGACACACCAUUACUACACAGAAUGGACUAGGGCAAAAAGUGCAAUUUUUAUUAACGUCUUUGUUUGCAGUUGGACAGUUUCCUUGGUAACAGAGGAUAGAAUGCAACAUCUAUAUAUAACUUGACAACUUGUUAAUCAUGUACAAUAUUUGUCUAAUCUCUAUAUUGGUGCUUGUGAUUAUGAAGACUUGCUCUAGUAUUUUUUGAAAAUAUUAUUACCCCCUUCAGAUGAGAGAUAAAUUGAUUCUGCAUAUUCUUCUAGACAUUUUUAAAUAAAAUAGAUUAUCUUGUCAUUUAUGCACUGCUGGCAUGAGGUAUAGAGACUUACCAUUUCUUAAUUCUGUUAAUUCAUUUGUAUUUCUCUUAAUAUUUGUUUUUUUUA